AUACAACAAUGUGGAAAAACUGAGGCAGAGUGGUGUACCUCAUGGAGAGCUGCAGUGACCCUCUGAAAGCCCCACAUGGGUGUGCAAAUUCAGGGAAGGGAGAGGGCCAAGGAGCCUUCCUGACCUUAUAGCCCUGUGUAGUGUGAGGGCAAAGUCUGGCUUGGGUCUGUGCUUUUCAACAGCCUUGACACAGCUCCCUUUUCAAAUGCACACCGUUCCAGUCUAAACUGUGCACAGAAAAUCCAGGAUUUCAGGCCUCAUCCGUUCUCAUCUGCAUUUCACUUAUUUAAAAUCACGGCCUUUGAUAAAACAGUUACCAAGGACAACCAUCUAGCCGUUGGCUUCUUUCAAAGAGGGUUUGUCUGUCUGCAGUUAGAAAUGUAUGAAGAAGCUCUGUAUGACUUCAGAAUGGCCCUCACUCACCUGAGAAAUAACCCUUUCAUUGACUACAAACAACUGGGACUAAGGCACAUGCUCUGUGCCUGGGAGGUGCUGUACAAUACUGCAGCAGUGCAGUGCCGGCUUGGGCUGUGGCAGGAAGCUAGAAUAACCCUGGAGGAGGCUAUCAGACAGAGGCCUGAAGGAAGAACCACAAGCCUGGAUGUUGCCCUUGAGUGGGUGCAGAAUCAUCUCUUUCUGGAGCCCAUACAUGUUCCCCUGGGGGAAUUUUUCAGACCACGAAAGGAGGAAGUUGAGCAGCUGGAUUCAAAAGAUUUCCUGGGUAAACCCAAGGUGAUCUCCUCCGUCAUUCCCAAUGACGAGUACAUCGGAUUUGAGCCUCUCAGGCCACAGAGACAGGGCUUUUACGAACCCAGUGUCAAUGCUGUGCGAGACCGCAGCUCAGGUUACUAUCGAGUCGUGACUCAUUAUUACCCUGAGGACUCUGAGGAGACGGCAGUGAAGAGCAGCACCAUCAUCUUUGUACUAACUAAAGGGGCAGAUGGCUGGGCUACCGCCAUAUGUGAUGGACAGAAACUGCGUAUACCGACCUCUCACCUGGAGCCUGUUUAUGCCCCCAAGGCUGAUAAGUGGAAAGUCAGUAAUGGGAUUCCUCUUCCCCCCAUUAAAGUGCCCCCCAACCGGCCCCAUGUGCAGGAAAUGGACUGCCAGCAGCAAGGACCUGCUGAAGGAGAAGACACUGCUGCAAAUGAUGCUGAUCUGCAAGCAGACUUGCAGGUGCAAUGUUCCCCAACGUCACAAACCAUUAAGGCUAUAGAAUCACUGGUGCCAAAGCAGGUCCCACUGGCUCAGGACAAAGCAUCCUCCAGCAAGAACAGAUCCAUCCUGCUGAAAGUCCACUGUGACUAUACAGUUAAAGUGAACAAGGCCCUGACCCUGUCAGACCUCAGGUCUCUGCUGAGGGAGACGUUCAGCCAGCAGGCAGAGCUUGGGAAGCUGAGCUGCAGACUUUCAGACAGCAAAGAGUUAAUUGUGAUUUCGGGAGAAGAGGAGCUGAGGCAGAUGUGGCAGCAGGUGACAGAUGGGAGGCUGACACUCUGGUGCCAGGGCACAGAUGCCUGUUCAGACAGACCCGUUCUCUACAGGAUGGUAGCACACCACGGUUACACGGCGCAAAGGCCAGAGGAUCUGGAAUUCAGUGAAGGAGACACACUGGACAUUCUCUCCGAAGUGAAUGAGGAAUGGCUUGAAGGCCACUGCAAUGGCAACUUUGGCAUUUUCCCCAAGUGCUUUGCUGCUCAGGCCAGCAUUGGGGCUGCCUGCCCUUAGAGAAGAGAUGCUUCUUCCUGCCAGACUCCACAAGAAGCCAGCUGGGCUGGGGACCCCACCUCACCUUACUCAUGUCUCCCAGAGAACAGGAGAAACUUGCGCCAAUUCAUUCAGGUCUGACCAUUGCCAGCCUUGCUAGGUAUUUAAUGAAGCUGCCUACACAAGAUGCUUCCCAGUGCGGGACCCCAUUAUCCAGAAACCCGGCAGGAUUAAUUUCUGUAGCAGAAAUAGCAUUUUCAAUGG